AUGAAUGACAUGGGUGCCAGAUCAAGCUUCUUGAAUGCAGAGUACCGGAUCGAGUGGCCGCCACUCAGCGAGGGGUAUCUUUCUCAAGUCGUUCCCUCAGCUUCACCAAUCUCGCAAUUAAUCAGGUAUCAUCAUCCGGGACAUCUUAUAUUCCGAGCCUUCCGAUCCUGGCAAUGCUGUCCGAAGCGCGCGCUUGAGCCUCUGACUGUGCUGGACUUCAGGUCCUGUGAGACGGUCCCAGACGCAGGAAGGCUCUCUCGACCAAAGUUCCGAGAGCAUCCAACCCUAUCUCCGGGGUUUUCAGUGUGGCAGGUAGUGGCCUCUUUCCAACCACCACCUUCACCACCUUCACCACCUUCCACCUUCCACCUUCCUCCCAUUCUAUAUCGGACUACCACGCGACUGGAACCAUACACCCACACACCUAACCACACCAACCUCCUUGCGCCACAUCCGAAAAUGGAAGUCACAGGUGGAAGAUGGAAGGUGGGAUGA